AUAAGGAAAAUGAGCAAUUGAGGAGAGAAAGAAGUUACCAUUGUUUAAACACAAAUGCCUCCCGCCCUGUUGAACUCGGAGCUCUUCCUCCAGAAAUGCGACUCCCUCACCAAAAUCAAACAGCUCCAAUCCCACCUCAUUACCCAUGGCCGAUUCCAAUUCUACCCCUCCAUCACCAUCAAGCUCCUCGAGCUCUGCGCCCUUCCCCCCAUCGCCAAUCUCCCACACGCCACAGCCCUCUUCCACCACCUCCACGCUCCUUCCACGCGCCACUGGAACGCCGUCCUCCGCGGCCUCGCCCAGAGCGUCCAGCCCACCCAGGCCGUCUCAUGGUACGCCGCCAUGUCCCGCUCUUCCCGACGCGUUGACGCGCUCACCUGCUCCUUCGCUCUGAAAGCGUGUGCACGCGCCCUCGCGUCGUUCGAGGCCCUGCAGAUUCACGCGCAGGUCGUGCGGUUUGGGUUCGGCGGCGACGUGUUGCUAGGGACGACUUUACUUGACGUGUACGCUAAAGUUGGGAAUCUGGUUUAUGCGCAGAAGGUGUUUGAUGAAAUGCCUGAGAGGGAUGUGGCUUGCUGGAAUGCUUUGGUUUCCGGGUUAGCUCAGGGGAGUCGAUCCGGUGAGGCUUUGGCUUUGUUUUGGACGAUGACUGAGGAUGAGAGGUUGAAGCCGAAUGAAGUGACUGUGCUCGGCGCACUGUCUGCGUGUUCACAGCUGGGUGCAUUGCGAGGAGGAGAGAAAAUACAUGGAUAUAUAGUGGAUACGAAGCUUGACACGCACGUCAUUGUUUGCAAUGCGGUUAUUGAUAUGUACGCGAAAUGCGGCUCUGUGGAUAGAGCGUAUCGUGUGUUUGAAGGUAUGAAAUGUGGGAAGCAGUUGAUAACUUGGAACACAAUGAUAAUGGCGUUUGCUAUGCAUGGGUAUGGUGAGAAAGCGCUUGAGAUUUUUGAGGAAAUGGGUAGGAAUGGGGUGUGUUGUGAUGCAGUGUCGUAUCUUGGUGCGUUGUGUGCGUGCAAUCAUGGAGGACUUGUGGAAGAUGGGGUUAGGUUGUUUAAUUCAAUGGCGGGGCGUGGGAUGGUGCCAAAUGUUAAGCAUUAUGGCACUGUGGUUGAUUUGUUGGGACGAGCUGGGCGGCUUCAAGAGGCUUAUGAGAUUGUGAAAUCUAUGCCUAUUUUUCCGGAUGUUGUACUGUGGCAGACUUUGCUUGGGGCCAGCAAGACCUAUGGGGAUGUUAAUAUGGCAGAGAUGGCUUCAAGGAGACUGGUUGAGUUGGGGUCUGAGGGUUGUGGUGAUUAUGUGUUAUUAUCAAAUGUUUACGCAGCUCAUGAGAGAUGGGAUGAUGUGGGCAAAGUGAGGGAGGCCAUGCAAAGAAGGGAUGUGAAGAAGAUACCAGGUUUUGGAUACAUAGAAGUGGAAGGUGUGAUACACAAAUUUUUGAAUGGUGAUCAAACCCAUGUUAAUAGCUGUGAAAUUUAUUCAAAGCUAGACGAGAUCAAAUUCAAGAUUAAAGACUAUGGAUAUGUGGCAAAGACAGAUCAGGUGUUUCAUGAUAUUGGGGAAGAGGAGAAAGAAAAUGCAUUGGGCUACCAUUGUGAAAAGUUGGCUGUGGCUUUUGGUUUGAUCAGCACUAGUGAAGGAACCCCGAUUCAGGUGAUCAAGAACCUAAGAAUAUGUGAUGAUUGUCAUGUCGUGAUGAAACUUGUUUCAAAAGCUUAUAAUAGGGAAAUUAUUGUGAGGGAUAGAGCUCGGUUUCACAGAUUUCAAGACGGAUUGUGUUCUUGCAGAGAUUAUUGGUGACACGGAUUUGCUCUAACUUAUAUCUAAGAAGCUGACAGAAAUAGUUUGCAUCCACAAAAAAGAUCUGUAGUCUGUAGACAGCAUUUUCUCCUCUGGUGUUAAAUCUACUUUAGUGAAGAUCAGAAUUCUGGAGGAUGAAUCAACAAUUAGUGAUAUAGAUUUUUUCGGUUCAACCACAUCUAUUCCCUGGGGCGGGGAGAAAUAAGGUCAGAAAGGACUUCGUUCAUGAUUUCUCUGGUGACCUGUCUGAAUAUCUGCUAUGUUGUUCAAACUCAGACUUGGGAUGGCGAGAUCAUGCUAUUAAACAGUAGAGUUCCGAGUCUAUCUGCAGCUGAUCAUGUACCCUAGUGCAUUGUUGGCAUGCCAAAUUUUCGGAAGUGCAGUGGAAAUGGCCUUACUCAGCAAGUCAGCAUGAAUAGCUUGGUGUCGUUGUCCUGAACCGGCAGUCAUACACUAAAAGAAGAAAGUUGAACAGCCCUCCAUGAGAUUGUAAUCUUGGUGAAACUUUCAGUUUUUGGCUGUAAUCGGUUUCAAACUUGCAAUAAGGUGAUUUUGCAUAAAGCCAUAAACGGAACUUGGCUUAUGCAAACCUGUUUCAUUAAACAC